UGCCCGGGGCCGUGCCGCGGCUGGCGGCUGGGGGGCGCCGGGGGUGGGGGGGUGGGGGGUCCCCGGUCGCUGGCGGUGGCCAUGGGACCGGGGCACGGAGCAGCGGCAGUUCGGUACCCGUUGCGGGCCCUGGCACUGCUCUGGGCGGCAGCGGUUCUGUGCCAGCUGGGCAGCGGCAGCGUCCUCCGCCGCCGUCUCCACGGGUUCCUCCAGCGGCGGCUGAGCGGCGGCGAGCGGCGAGAUGUACAACGGGAGAUCCUGGCCGUGCUGGGGCUGCCCGGGCGCCCCCGGCCCCGCGCCCCCGCCCGCACCCCCGCCGCCGCCGCUCCGCUCUUCAUGCUCGAUCUCUAUCACGCCGUGGCCGGGGAGGAAGAAGCGGAGGAAGAAGAGGAGGCGGCGGUGUCGUGGCCGGUACUUACCGGACUCAGCACCCAAAGCCCCCCGCCCGGCAGCGUCGUCAGCCGAGCAGACACCGUUGUCAGCCUCGUCAAUAUGGUCGAGCAGGACCGGGACAUCUUCUCACCCAAGCCAUACUGGAAGGAGUUCAGGUUCGACCUGACCCAGGUGCCCGCGGGGGAGUCGGUGACCGCUGCUGAGUUUCGCAUCUACAAGGCGCGAGGAGCUGGGGGGCACAGCAACAGCAGCCUGCACAUCAGCAUCUACGAGGUGGCUGCUGAGCACUCCAACAGGGAGUCUGACCUGUUCCUGCUGGAUGUCCAGGACCUGCGUGCUGGCACCGAGGGCUGGCUGGUGUUUGACGUCACAGCUGCCAGCAACCACUGGUUAGUGGAUGGGAAAUACAACCUGGGGCUGCGACUCUACGUGGAGACAGACGAUGGGCACAGCGUGGACCCGGGCUCGGCAGGGCUGCUGGGGCGCCGAGCACCCCGCUCCAAGCAACCCUUCAUGGUGACCUUCUUCAGGGCCAGCUCCAGCCCCGCACGUGUUCCGCGGGCGGCCAAGCCCCCGAGGAGGAGGCAGCAGCCCAGGAAGGGCAAUGACCUCCCCCACCCCAACAAGCUGCCAGGGAUUUUUGACGAUGUCCACGCCGCGGACGGGCGCCAGGUCUGCCGGCGCCACGAGCUCUACGUCAGCUUCCAGGACCUGGGCUGGCUGGACUGGGUGAUUGCCCCGCAGGGUUACUCAGCCUACUACUGCGAAGGGGACUGUGCCUUCCCCCUGGACUCCUGCAUGAAUGCCACCAACCAUGCCAUCCUGCAGUCCCUGGUUCACCUGAUGAAGCCUGAGGCUGUGCCCAAGGCGUGCUGUGCCCCCACCAAGCUCAGUGCCACCUCUGUCCUCUACUACGACAGCAACAACAAUGUCAUCCUCAAGAAGCACCGCAACAUGGUGGUGAAGUCGUGUGGCUGCCACUGACAGCUGGGGCCCAUCUCCUCCCCAUCCCUGAACAUACCAUUCCUGUCCCUGUCCCCAUCCCUAUCCCUGAAUGUCCCAUCCCUGUCCUUUACCCCAGUCCUGCAUGUUCCAUCCCUGUUUCCCUCUCUGAACAUCCCAUUCCUGUCCCUGUCCCCAUCCCUGAACGUCCCAUCCCUGCUCUUUGCCCCAGUCCUGCAUGUUCCAUCCCUGUCUCCAUCCUUGAAUGUCCCAUCCCUGUCCUUUACCCCAUUCCUGCAUGUUCCAUCCCAGUCCCCAUCCCUGAACCUCCCAUUCCUGUCCCUGUCCCCAUCCUUGAAUGUCCCAUCCCUGUCCUUUACCCCAUUCCUGCAUGUUCCAUCCUAUCUUCAUCCCUAAAUAGCCCAUCCCUAAAUUUUCCUCCCGCCCAUGUCCCCAUCCCUGAAAGUCCCAUUCCUGAACAUCCCAUCCCUGAACAUCCCAUCCUUGUCCCUGUUACCAUCCAUGAAUGUCCCAUUUCUGUUCCUUUCCCCAUCCCUGAACAUCCCAACCCUGUCCCUGUCCCCACUGCAUGAAUGUCCCACCCCUGAACAUCCCAACCCUGUCCCUGUCUUCAUUCCCUGAAUGCUCCACCCCUGAACAUCUCAACCUUGUCCCCAUCCCUGUCCCCUUCCCCAUCCCACCCCCAGAGCAAUGCGGCGCUGGGGUCCUGCUGCCUGUGUGGGAGUGCCACGAGUUGCAGCACAGCAAAGCCCAGGAGCAAUCAUUAAUCAUCAGUAAUUAAUGAAUCCCUCCCAGCCCUGCCUGGAAGUGGCUGUGAACAGCAGGAACCUUUCCCUCUGCCACGUGGGACAGGUCCAGCCAGAUCCCUACCUACAAAUACAGGAAAGAGAAGCUUUGUGCCUGCUUCUGCCUCUCCUUUCUCCUUGGCUGCUGUGUUGAUACCUGCCAGGCUGCUGCAGGGUCCUGGGGGGGAGGCAUUUGGAGCUGAAGGGGAACCAGGAUAAGGGAGGAAGCAUCCAGAUUGCUCUGGGACUGAGUUGUUUCUAACCUACCUCUAACCAAGUGCUUUUAAUUCCCUUCAUCACACUCCCUCCUUGGCCAGCUAAGCAGCUUGGCUGCCUAACCUGCUCCUGUUUGCUUCCAGUUCACCAAACUCAGCUGGAAAUCAAUCAGAACCCAAACCCCAACAUCAAAACCCCUCAGUCCCUGUUGAGCUGUGGCACUGACAUAAAAUAAACACCUGGGCUGGAAAGUCAA